GGCGGCGACGGCGGCGGCGGCGGCAGCAGCAGCAGCAGCAGCAGCAGCGACGACGGGUCUUCCUCCUCCUCCAGCCCCUUGCCCUCUUUUCCUUUCUCCUUUCCGGCCGGAUCUCGUCCACUUCCCCUAACAGCGGCCCCAAUCCUACGUAAAGGCAUGACUUCCUGGCACCUCAGGGAAAACAGGGUACAAGCCCAGAAACUAUUUCCCCACCACCACUUGUUGAAAAACUGACCUGAAGGCGUCUCCGCGUUUGAUCAAACGGGAAAGUGCCAGGAUUUGAUGCGUCUCUGGCUUUGUGCUGGAGACCAUUCCCUGCUGAGUAUCAAGACGAAAAAAACUGGAAACUAAUCCGAACCGAAUUCAAAGUAAAAAUGGAAAGAUUUGUAGUAACAGCACCACCUGCUCGGAACCGUUCUAAGACUGCUUUGUAUGUGACUCCCCUGGAUCGAGUCACCGAGUUUGGAGGGGAGCUGCAUGAAGAUGGAGGAAAGCUCUUCUGCACUUCUUGCAAUGUGGUUCUGAAUCAUGUUCGCAAGUCUGCCAUUAGUGACCACCUCAAGUCAAAGACUCAUACCAAGAGGAAGGCAGAAUUUGAAGAGCAAAAUGUGAGAAAGAAGCAGAGGCCCCUAACUGCAUCUCUUCAGUGCAACAGUACUGCGCAAACAGAGAAAGUCAGUGUUAUCCAGGACUUUGUGAAAAUGUGCCUGGAAGCCAACAUCCCACUCGAGAAGGCUGAUCACCCAGCGGUCCGUGCUUUCCUGUCUCGCCAUGUGAAGAAUGGAGGCUCCAUACCUAAGUCAGACCAACUGAGGAGAGCGUAUCUGCCUGAUGGAUAUGAAAAUGAAAAUCAGCUCCUCAACUCCCAAGAUUGUUGACAAGGAGGUUCCACCAUUGUGAUCAAGAUAAAUAAUGUGGAGUAUUAAAGUUAUGUGUUGAUUGUGUGGUUCAUUUUUAUAUUUAUUUCAUUUAAAAUCAUGUGAUGCAGAAUAGUUUUGCAAUGUGUAUAUAGUUGCAGGCAAAAAAAAUCUCACUGCAAAACUUCUUAAUUUUAGUCACCGAUGGUAUAAAGCAAAACUUAGGUUUAGAGUGUGCUAGGAUUCCUGAAACCUGAUGGUUAUCUUUAAAAUUGAUGGUUUUUCUCCUGAAAUGUUUGUGCAUGGAAGAGCUGCCCUGCUUUUUUACCCUAUUGCCAUAUAUGAUUAUUCCUUGUGAGAUUACUUAAUUACUUGGAUUGAAGACUAGUGUAGGAAAUUGAAGCUGCUGCCAGGCAACACCACACAGAGUAACGUAAAGGAAUUAUUUCUGAUUAAAGGAUCCUCUUCAAACAGGAAGGGGUGAUGGGAAACUUCUUUAUUUUCAGCUCCCUAGCAGAAAUAAUUUUAUUUCAGCUAUAUUUUAUUUGUACAUGAAGUGGUUACCUUAAGUAGCCUUCAGUUCCCCCACUGCCUUUUUAAAUGCUUAAUGUAUUUAGUAGCAGCUUCAAGUGACCAAAAGACUAAAAUCUUUGUUUUAAUGUCCGUGCCAAAAGCCAUGGGGAAUUUUGCAGUGACAAGAUUUUAGUCUCUCACUAUGAACACAUUUUUGAACCAUAGUUUUCAUUUUGAGCAUCAUCUUGAAUUUGCAGACUUUUCUUUAUAUGUUAGUGUUAAAGACUUUGGCAUUUUAAUUUAAUGAGGUAGAUAAUUUAUGGUCAAGUUUCCUUUUUACAGAGAAUUACUACUUUCUGGAUGAUCAGUCCAAUCAUAUGGAAAUUACUUUCUAAACAUUAAGUUUUCCAUUAAGAUUUUCUAAGAGUUUAUUUAGGUAUGUAGAUUAGACAAGUUUACUUCCACUUUUAUCUGUUUUGCCUCUGGUGGUGCAAGGUUUUUAAGCAUGGCUGGUAAAGAAUUACCUAGAAAUUCUGGUAAGAUUUUGUAGUGGCAAUCUGGCAGUAUCCUUGCAUAGCUAUUUGGGUAAGGACAUAAGUCAGUUCUGUUAAAGGUCAACCAUGUUCAGGAAAUGAUCUCUGUCUGAACCUCAAACUGUAAGAUUAUCAGAGUAGCUUAGCCCAGCUAAAUAUUCAUCAGAAAUCUAAAUUAUAUUUUUUAAAAAUGUAACGGCUAAAAACUUGAACUAGAGCUUUAAUUAAAAGUCUUAAAUUCUUUGAAAACAUUCAAGUUCAAAAUGUUUAUAAAAUAUAUUUCUAUUACAGAGCACUGAGAAAUGAUGCCAUAUGUGACUUGGAGUUAUCUGAGGUCAUUUUACAGCAAAUCUUCAUUAAAAAAAAAAAGCCAAAGUGAAUAAGAAAAAGGUUAGAUUUUGUAUUUUUCAGAAACAACUUUUCAAGUUUCUUUUUACAGACUUAAGUUUCUAACUCAGGUUGUCAGAGUGGCCAUCUGAUUUUAGAUUUUGAUUUAUUUUCAUUUAAAAAAGUAAGCCUGCCACAAAAAAUCAUUUGACAAAAUUUAAACUAUACCAAUUUUUUUCAUGUUUGGUUAUGUUAAAGUAGCACAGUAAAUGCCUACAGUAGUGCUCUCAUUAGUAAAGCACAUGCAUAGGGAGACCAGAAGCAAAGUAUAACCAAAUGUGUUUCGCUUUUACUUCCUCUAGAAAGGAAUUUGCAGGCAACCAUGUUUAAUUGAAUUGUCUAAGGUGGUAGAUGAUCUAAGCAGCUAGGGAAAUAAUUGAAUUUUAUAGCAUUUUCAGAAUACAAAAAUAAGGUUAGCUAUACAAUCAUUCUAAUUCUUUCAAAUUUCAGGAUUCAGACUGCUCUUACUAUUUUGGUAUAUGCUAACCACAAAUGUGUAGUGGCGGAACAGCUUUUAGUAGUCCUGAACAGUAAACUGGAUGAUGGUGCACUAGAGAAACAUCCAUAAUUUGCAUUUGAGUUCUAAUAGUUUAUACAGAUGUAGUCCUUUAGGUCUUGUAUAUCUUAAUGCGUUUUUCCAGGCUCCUAAAUAUCCCCACAUUCACUGUAUCUUGGGGCAUAGUCCAUUUUACUCUUAGGAUUAUAUCAUGUCCUUAGAAGUGUCUAACAUCUUGUGGGGGUUAAUAUUAAUGUUUCUUUACUGAUUAUGAGACUUGUUCCCUCAAACUGGUUAGCAUUGUCUCGUUGUUAAAUAAAGGCAGAAUGAUUGUUUUGGCCUGCUCAAACUGAUACAAGUCCAUGAAACUGAUUGGCAUAUGUUAAAUAAUAAAUGAGAAUGUCUGAGGCAUAUGCUGCUUUGGAGGUAUAGUGAACGUGUGUACAGAAGCUUUCAGUCUUAACUAUAUAGUGUUAGUGUGAUGCUAUACUAUUGGAAAAAUAGCAACUUUUUUUCUAUUUUAUAAGUUGUACGCAUAAACAUAAGCUUUGUAAUGUUUGAUUUAUAAACUGCCUUCUUCAAUACAUGCUUACCUGUUAAUAGUGUUUUCUCCAAGUUUGAUAGUAUGUCUUCCAGAAGUUCAUAUAUGCUUACAGUAAAUAGUUCCUAGCUUGUUGAAAUGUUAAAUUUCUUGUUGGUUUCUUUUUUUAUUUUUUGGGCAUAUAGCAAGCUUGAAGGACAUUGUAAUCAUUUUGUACAGGGUGAAAAUUUAGAAAGAUUGUGUAUGAGAGCCUAUAUAGUUAUUUUAUCCAUUAUCAUCUUUGAUUAAGAUUUCUUUCAUGUUUUGUUUUUAAUAAAACAAAUGCUAUUUCCAGUUAAUGCAUUUGGCCCUACUGAAAUUUCUGGGACCAGAAAACUAUGAAGAAACAGUUCUGCAUAACUAAUUAAGUAUCAGCUUGGGAUUAUUGUGAAGUAUUAAUUGCUUAAAAACUAUUGUAUAUACAGUUGGCAAGGUCUCCAAGCUGAAAGUUUAUUUUGUCUGAAAGAAUUUGUAUGUGAAUGUUAAUGAAAAACAUAUAAGCAAAAUAAAAUUUAAGGUGGUCCAAAACAAAAGCCACAAACAAUUCCUCAUUUGGUGCUUAGUCUUCGUAAGGGCUCUCCAUGGUUUGACUUGGCCCAACUGCCUUUAAAUGAGAACAGAGUCACCUUAAAACAUGUUAAUUUGAUUCAUUUACAAGAGAGAUUAGUUCAAUAAUUUCAUUGCAAAUCUUAGUCUAAAGUAAAUUCUUCAGCUUCUGAUCAGCACUGAAUAAAUGUGAAUAGUGAAGUGGCUAUCCUGAACCUUGGUUUAUCUCAACCCAUAUCACCAUAGAUCUCAGAAGUAAAUACAGUUCUUAUCUAGUGGUAUUCUACUUGUAUCCAGAAUACUGUAUUAAUUAAAAGUUUACUAUGUUCA